AUGUUCUACCAGCAGCAAGAGUAUUCAAAAAUGGGUGACCAAAGACAACAACAGAUGGUGGGAAUGCAGAGCGGAAUGGGACAACCGUCAAACGUAUUGCCUCAGCCGGGGAUGGCCAUGAGUCACCCCACCAGUAAUAUGCAGCCACAGCAGUCUAAUACUAUGAUGCAAUCUUCGGGAGGUAUAAGCGGUCCAUCGCAAAUGUACAUGCCGACUUCCUUAUCCAGUGGUCCUCAGCAGCAGCAGGAGCAACAACCGCCAGCCAGGUCUUAUUCGAGUGGACCGGGCUCUGCUGAACCAUCAGUACAGAUGCGAUCUUCAAACGUUCAGCAGCUUUAUGGUACAAAUGUACCUCCUUACAUACAGUCUGAUACUCAGCAGUCUCAUUAUCAAUCAGUGCAGCAACCUCAAACUCAACCCAUUAUGUCCCACACGUCUGCUCCUCCGCUUCGGCAUACAGAAGUGAAGAAAGAAGAGCGUGUUUUUCGCUCUCUAAACCCUCCUCCCUAUGCUCCUGAUGUUCUAGAUAAUCUGUCACGUUAUUCAGUUUACACGCUCUCUGUUAUUGGUCGUGAACUUGUUCAUGAGUUACUGUGGAGGACAUUCAGCUUGUUGACAGUCCUGCCAAAACACUUGGAGAGACGUACGCAACAACAGAGUAUUACAGAUCCGGAGUCCUUGCUUGAUUACUGCUAUUUAUUGCUAGCUAAGAUAGCUGAAGUGGCUUUAAGAAUUGAAAGAGCAGGUCCUUCUAAAAAGAUUUCUGAAGACGAAUUCCUGUCGAUGAUGUUGCAACCAGGAGUUCCUGAAGAAUCUCCUGAAGAGAUUACGAAAAACGAGCUUUUUGAGGCCCAGAGGAAAAAACUUGUGAAACUGAACACGGCACUGAAAAAGUUCGAAUGGAUGGCUAUGGUGUCUGACCCUAGAUUUCUUAAACCUUAA